CAUUUCUUAAGCGCCCUCUGUUAGAAAGGAGCAUUUUGGGAUGCAAAUCUUGUGCUGGUGACGGGGGUUGUUCUGUUGUGUGCCAUUGCCAGGAUGCACGAGGAAAACAAAGCAGCAAAAGGCAGCAGCAAUGACACUAGUGGGAGGUUCCCUCUCAAAAGAGGAAGGCUUAUUCAUCGCAAGCAAUAUGUUCAUGUGGCUGUUUCCUUCCAAUUCUUGCAGCUACAGAUGCCAGUGCUCAGAGGCAGCAAGUGCGACUGAAAUCUGAUCUGUGCCCAGGACUGGAUGCUGGCAUGGCCCUGCAGUUUCUGGCUCUGACCUUUCCCCUGGUCCUUUUUCCUCUGCCUGCAGCACAGAGCCAGGAAGAACCUGAUUCCCUGGUCCAAGGAGCACCCCAAGGAACAGUAACAUGCCAAAGGCCCCGGUGGGACCCAGGACUCCAUCUGGAACCAGAUCUGCAGGAGUAUAAGAAAAAUGAAGAAGUGAUGCUGAGCUGCCCUGAGGGUUUACAGCCAUCCUACACCCAAAUCAGAUGUUCAAGAGAAGUGCAGAUCAUCUUUAAUGGGAAGCCUGUAUAUAGGGAAGUUUGGCUGGGAAGAGCCAGCAGUGGUUCCUGGAUCCGCAUUCGGUCCAGAGUGGAGUGCGUGGAGGUGCUAGAAGUUGUCCCUGGCGCACUGGAUGUUUCCAGCACCAGCAUCAAACUGAACUGGACCUGCAGAUUCCCUGAUGCCUGCCAGCACGUGCAGGCCACAUGCCGGCUGGCAGGGCCUUCCUCACCUCCUUGUAAGGCUGAGGAGGUCACUGGAGUGGAGCUCCUACACGGCCAGAUGGGAACAUUCACCUGUCCUCCCCUGCAGCCCUUCACUGACUACACUGUCACCAUCUCAGUCGCCCCCCAGCACAGUCCUGUUUUCAUGGGUGAUCAGGACAAAAGAAACAG